CAAAGUGCUUUAACUGUUUGGGUGAGGAAGAUCAGCCCGUGGCUCAUGAACAUCGCAUAGAGAACAGUAGGAAAUCGCUAAAGCAGCGAUAAGGACCGUCAAUGCUACUUUUUUUCAAUUGGAAAACGAUGUGCACGCAAUCCCUGGUGGGAUCACAUACAGGGAGGAAAAAGCUGAGUUAAACGAGGUUCACCCAAUAUCUUGCAUAGAUGAGUAAAAAAUAUCAGCGCUACCGGACCCCUCUCUGUGUAGCGUGCGCAAAGAGAGAGGUAGGGGAAGCAUCGUUAAACUACGUAGCAUCUACCUCUGCUUACCAAUGAACAAACACACGUCUCCGCUAGUACUACGCUUCACCUACCAUUACCCACACAGCGGAUAUAUGUGCGCAAUACGUCGCUGUGCUAUCUGGGACAUCAACAAGCGGUAAACUUUCAGAGGAAGUGAACUACCGACGAUUACGCAGAGAAGAAAGCAGCAAUGUUUGCAUACCAGGACUUCGAGGGGGCAAAUACGAGUCGUUCUCGCCACCGCAACGUUAUAUUAGUAAGAGUUUUGGUUUGUGUAUUGGUAGGUUUAGCUGGUCUAGGUGUAGGUGUUGUUAUUUGGUAUUAUAAAGGUAAAAAUGAUGAUAACCCGUCGUGCAAGGACCCUGAUCGCCCUUUCUCAAAAGCUGCAGUGGCUGCAGACUCCGAGAAAUGUUCAGAGAUUGGACGGGACAUUCUUCAGAAAGGCGGCUCUGCAGUAGAUGCUGCCAUUGCUGCGCUGCUGUGCACCUCCAUCAUCAACCCACAGAGUGCGGGGAUCGGAGGCGGGGUCAUAUUCACUGUGAUGGACAGCUCUGGUAAAGUGAAAAUCAUCAACUCCAGAGAGACUGUCCCCAGAAAUGUGAACUCUGACCUGCUUAAGUCGUGUCCUAAAACCACAGAGUGGAGCAUGGAGUGGACGCAAGAGAGGAGUUGGAUUGGGGUUCCUGGGGAAAUUCGAGGUUAUGAAGCAGCACACCGGCUUUAUGGGAAGUUGAAGUGGGCUGAACUCUUUAAGCCGACCAUCAAAUUAGCCAGAGAAGGAUUCCCUAUUCCUUACUACCAAGGUCAACACAUCCCACGCAUUAAUAAUACGUCAAUACGGGAGUUAUAUUUAGAUAAAAAUGGGAACCUGCUUAAGACUGGUGAUACUGUGAAAUUUGAGAAACUUGCUGACACUUUGGAGACGAUUGCAAACGAGGGACCAGAUGCGUUUUACAACGGAACAAUAGCGAAGGAUUUAAUCAGUGACAUACAGAAAGCAGGAGGAAACCUCACACUGCAGGACUUGGCAUCGUAUCAAGCUAAUGUGACUGAUGCGUGGAAUAUUACUUUGGGAGACUACCGGAUGUACUUCCCUCCGCCUCCUUCAGGAGGAGCCAUCCUCAGCCUCAUCCUCAACAUCAUGAAAGGAUACAAAAUGAAUUCAGAACCUAAUGCAACUGAUGAAAAGAUUUUGUUUUAUCACCGUUAUAUUGAAGCUUUAAAAAUUGCCAAUGGAUUAAAGAAACAUAUCAGCGAUCCAAACUUCAGCUCAGAUGAAUUCACACAGAUGGCAAAGAAUCUGACAGAGGAUAGCUUUGCAGACAACAUACGGAACUUGAUCAGCAGCGAAAAGACUCAUGAUCCCCAGUAUUACGGCGACACCUUGCAUCUGGACAGCAUCGGCACCACACAUGUGUCUGUGCUGGCUGAAGAUGGAUCUGCUGUGUCUGUCACCAGCAGCAUCAACGACGAAUUUGGCUCCAAGAUCCUCUCUCCAAGCACUGGAAUCAUUCUAAACAACCAGCUGUCUGACUUCUGUGGUAGAGCUAAUAGCUUCUCUCCUGGGGAGCGGCCUCCCUCCAAUAUGGCCCCAUCUGUGCUGAAGUCUCAGUCGAAGACGCUGGUGAUUGGAGGGUCUGGUGCUGAAAUGAUUCCACCGGCAGUGGCCUCGGUGCUCAUGAACCACCUUUGGUUUGGAAAGAGCCUUAAGGAGGCAAUUGAUACUCCUGUUGUUCAUGUAGACUCUCAAAGUGAAGUAAAACUUGAACCCAAGCUUGAAAAGGAUGUAGUUGAUGGUCUUGAAGCUAAGGGACAUAAAAUAGCAAAAUUCUACAACACAGUUAACGCUGUGGAAAAGGCGGGCAGCUGUAUCUCUGCAUGGUCUGAUGAAAGGAAAAAAGGCAAAGCAGCUGGUUACUGAGACCAAAAGUCAGUGAUGUUAGUUAUACAGCAUGGUCUUAAGGUUAAUGAUACUGCUGUAGCUACAACACUGGUAAAUCUAUAUUUGUCUGUUAACUGACAGUACAUACAUGUUUUACUCAUGUGUCUAAAAAGUUUGUGAUAUUGAAAACGAUCAGAUCAUUUACAUCCCAAAUUUCAUGCAAAAUUGUGCAAAGAUAGCAAUGUAAAAACUAGACAUUUCUUUCUUUCUUUUUUUUUAGGAAUUGCUGUUGAUAUCCGCCUCAAUUUUUUACAAUCAAUAUGACCUUUUCAAUAUUUGUUCAUUUUGGGUUUUGACUAAACAAGGAAACAGCUUUCAGGUCAAAAUGUGAAGCCCAUGCCUAUGUUUCAUCGACCUUCAUUUUUUCUAAACAGCAGGCCAGCAGGUUGAGACUGACUGCAAAAAUUUUGGUUAUAGUAAACAAUUCAUAUUUUCAAGUCUCAUCAAAUUCAUGUUUACUUUGUAAAUUUUAACCCACUGGAUAGUCCAGAAGGGAGAUAAAGUAAGGUACCCUUUAGGGGAGCCCUAAGUUAUCUAUCAAUUGAUUUGUAGUUUACCCCCGCCCCCCUCCAAAAAAAAAGCAAAAAACUAAAAGCAAACGCUGAUGACAGCCAAAAUGUUCAGUUUAAGGCUUCACAAAUGGAACUUUACAAACUAGUGGGAAAAGUCUGUGACCAUCUUUUAUAUACAGCAUAUGUGAAACUCAAAAUCACAACUGUAGGACAGGAGUACACCUAACACCGGUGUAGUUACUGUUACAGGCAUGUCAGCAUCAACAAAGCUAGAUCUCACAGACUGUUAGAGCUAAAUAGAAAGGUCAGGUCAGUUUUUUAUCUGAAUAUUAGAAGCCGCAUUUAAAUGCUUUUUAUUAUUAUGUUUUUAUAUUUAGUUUGCAUAUUAAGAUUUUCUGCUUCAUUAGUUCAUCCUGCUAUUGUUUUGCAGUUAUAAAGUGUGGGUAAUUCUGCUGAUGUGCUCAGGGUAAAAGUUAAUCAGACAAGCAGUUUGUGAGGCAACAGUUUUCUUUUUACCUUUUAUCUGUCUGAGUUCCUCUGUUUAUGCUCCAGAAAAAAACAUGAGGUCCAGUUCAAGAUUAAUGCUAUCUAUCCCUCGGGCUAAACUCAACUCACUUGUGGUGAUGGAGCCUUCUCUGUGGCAGGUCCCAGACUUUGGAAUAGUCUUCCCCUAAAUAUUAGAUCUGCACAAACACUUGAUCAAUUUAAAUCGCUUCUAAAGACACAUUUUUAUGGCCUGGCUUUUAACACAUUAUGACCCAAUGAUUUUGGUCUUAUUUAAUAGUAUUAGUUAUUGUUUUAAUUCUUUCAAGAUAUAUUUAUUGACCAAUUCACAUGUUUAUAUGACAGUGGAGUUUACAGCAUCAGAUAGUUGCUCUGCUUUUGUACAUUAACAUCACAUAGCAUAACAAAAUGUAACAAAACAUAACAUAACAUGGUACAAUACGCUCCCACACGCCCACAACCCCAGUCCCAGCUGUCCAGCUAGCUUAUCCUAAUGAGAAGCCAAGAAACUAUAACUGCUUGUUAUAGCUGCAGAAAUGUAGAGAGAGGUGCCCAAAUUUUACUGAAAGAAGAGUCUAUCACAAAAAGUAUAUCGUAUUCGCUCCAGAUGUAGUGUAUUUGCAUCUCUCUUCUUCCAAUGAGUGAGAAUAAGUUUCUUUGCAAUAACAAUACAAUAGGAUAUAAAACACCACUUUGCACUGUCUAUUCCCACAGUAUCAUCAAAAACGCCCAGAAUAAUUAUUAGUGGAUCAGGGUUCAACUGCACAUGAAGAAUUUGAGAGAUUAAAUCAAAGAUGUCGGCCCAAUAUUUUUUUGCCUUGGGACAAAAAACAAAACUGUGGCUUAACGUAUCUUCAGCUAGGGAGCAUUUCUCACAGGAGAGACCUCAGGGUAUAUUUUAUUUAACCUUUCUCUUGAAAAGUGUAGACGAUGUAAAAAUUUAAACUGAAUCAAGCGGUGUCUUGCAUUAUAGGAGCAUUUAUGGAUAUUGUUAUUUCUGAGUUUAAGUGUGCGAGUUCAUCCUCCCCUAGGUUUGGAAAAGUGCAGCUAUCCAAGAACUUUUUCAUAGAGUCACGAUCUAUAUUUUGUGCAGCGUAUAAAUUUGGAUAAAAUUGAAAAAAUUGAUUGUUAAUGUCUCUGGGGUCUGUUGAAGCCUCACCUGCAUUAUUUGUAAUUUUAUGAAUUGUACGGUCUUGUUCUUGUUUUCUAAGUUGUCUUGCUAACAUUUUAUGUGGUUUGUCACCAAGCUCAAAGUAUUUUUGCUUGGUGUACAAAAAGGCUUUACUGAUUUUUGCUGAGAGUAUAUUAUUAUAUUCAUAUUUUAAAGACAGUAUUCUCUUAUGUAGCAUAGUGGAUGGCGUUCAGGCGUUCUCUUUAUCCAAAUCUUUAAUUUGUUUGUCAAAGUGAAGGAGCUUAGCCCGGUUUCUCUUCCUUCUAGCUGAUUCAAAAGAGAUAAUAGCACCCCUUAAGUAAGUCUUAAAGGCCUCCCAAAGUGUAGCAGGCUUAGUUUCUGAGUUGUCAUUUACAUCAAAAUACAGAGAGAUCUGUGUCUCCAAAUAUUCCUGAAAAUCCUUCUCGUUAACAAUAGAGGGUUAAGCCUCUAUUUUUGCUGCGGUCUAGUUGCAUUUUGGAUGUUUAAGGUUAAUGUGACAGGGGAGUGAUCUGAGAUGACAAUGUUGUGAUAUUUUGUGUCAAUGACAUAUGGUGUUAAUUUGGCAUCCAAAAGAAAGUAGUCAAUUCUACUAUAUGAAUUAUGCCUAGUUGAAAAGAAAGAGUAAUCCCUCCCAGCGGGGUUGGCAAUUCUCCAAACAUCAGACACAUUUGAAUUAUCAGUAAAGGUGUUAAGAAAUGCACUGGAGUUGUUCCUGACCUGCUUAGUUACAGAAGAUCUGUCAAGGUAGGGGUCCAACACACAGUUAAAAACCCACCAAUGAUAAUGUUUCUUUGGGACAUGUCUGGGAUAAGUGUCAUCACUUUUUUUGAAGAAAGAUGGACUGUCCACAUUCGGGGCGUAUAUAUUCAGUAGAGUGAGGGGUAUAGAAAACAGCUCCCCGACUACAAUCAAAUAGCGUCCGUUUCUGUCUGAUAUUGUGCUUUUAUGUACAAAUGGAAUACUCUUCUUUGUCAUAAUAGCUGUACCUCUCGCUUUAGCAGGGAAGGUAGAAUGGUACACAUUCUCAAUCCACCUAAUCGUAUAUUUAUCUUUCAAAUGAGUUUCCUGCAAGAACACAAUAUCCAGUCCCAGUGUUUUAAGAUGAGAAAGAACUUUCCCUCUUUUAACUGGAUUGUUUAAUCCUCGCACAUUCCAACUAACGAAGGUUACAUUUCUACCGCUUUGUAAGCUUACAUUAUUCUGAGCAGCCAUGUCAAUGAAAAGUAGGGAGUGUUAUUAUCUGGCUCUGCAGUAUUUAAAGCGACAACGUAACAGCUGGGUGUGGGACCCACCGUACCCUCCCUACUAACCCCCUAAACAAACAUUAGAAAAAACAGAUUUAAAUCAGUAAACAUGGGUGUGAACUCUGGCUGCAUAUACAAGGGUAAACAAGCAGCGGUGUGAGAAAAGAGAACUACGGGAAGCACUCACAACAGGUAAAAUAACAAUCAAAAGGUAAAGUAAAAUCAAAUAAAGAACAACAAAAGAACAACACAAUAUACUUCCCCGUACUGUUACUGCUAACCUCUGUUAACCUAGUAACUCUUACCUUCUAACUGACAGCUCGUCAAUAGUAAUAAACGCUCCGUAUUCACAUUUAAGUGGGAUAUAAAUGGAAAAGAAAAAACACAGUCCUGUGUCAACGUCAUAGAUAUAGAUGUAUCCGUGCUUUUAAUACAUUUUAAGGUGGAUGGGAGAGGUGCUUCUCUGCGUAGUCGAGGGCCUCUUUGGGAUCGGUAAAAGUUUUCCUCACAUCACCAUGGGUCCCUAACAGCUUUGCAGGGUAUACCAGUCCGUGCCUGACGCCGGGCAUCCCACAUAGCAUUCAUCUCACAUUUGCAAAUGCGGCUCUGCGUUUGGCAACAGAGGGAGGGAAAUCUGGGAAGAUGUUUAUUUUAAACCCCUUAUACAUCAGGGUCCUGUUCUCUGCAGCUUUCCGCAGAAUGUCCUCGCGAACGUGGUAGUAGAGCAAUCUCAAGAUGAUGGGCCGAGGAGGAUCACUUUGUUUGGGACGUUGGCGAUUCACUCUAUGUGCUCGAUCGAUAAGUGGCUUCUCCUCGAGAGAUGGCGCCUCCGCCAAAAGUUGUUAAACAAACUCCCUCUUUGCCUUCUGGUAUUCCCACGAUUCUGACAUUAUUCCUCCUGGAGCGUGCCUCAAGAUCUUCACAUUUCUCAUCCAACUUCUUUAACUCCGUAGACAAACGCUCCACAGUGGCCUCGAGAGUGGCGAUGGUGUCAGAGUGGUUUGAGGCACAGGCCUGCAGUUCAGUCAAAGUGUUAUCAUGCCUGGCCACAUCGCUUUUUAUGUCCGAAAUUGAGGCCUGGAUGCUCUGGUUCAAGGAUGAUAUCUCGCCUCUUAUGGUGGUAGAAAUCUCUAAUAUGCGAGUGUCCAGUGUAGCGCACAAUUCAGACUUGAUGGAAUUUAUCUCCGAACGCAAGUUAGUUAUAGCGGUAGUAGCGCUUUAUUCGACAGCUCGCAUUCAUCCUUUUCCAGUGCAGGUGGGGGGUGCCCACCAGGUGAGUCCGAAGAGGCUUCGAGCCCUACAUCGCUCGCAUCGUUCUUCUUAAGUUUGGGCUUCAACAUUGUCGAGAGGCUCCAAGAAAUAAAUCCACAGUAAUCAGCAGGUUAUGAAUUUUACAAAAAAAAUGCGUUUGACGUGCUUUUGAGCGUAUUAAAAGAUUUUUUUAAGUUAUUUUGACGAGCUAUCCCGAGGGACGUCUUCACAUGCCUCACUAGCGCCCCGUUAUUGUUUUAAUUCUCAUGCUGUCCUUUUAUUUUUAUUGUUGUACUAUUGUUUUACAUUGUUUUUGUUUUAAUGGCAUUUUCAUAUUGUUAAGCACUUUUUGUGCAUCAUGGUCCGUCUGGAAAUGUGCUAUAUAAAUAAAUUUGACCUUGAACUUUUUAUAGUUGUUUUAUGUGUUUUAUUGAUAGGAAUAGAUAACCUGGACUUAAACUGGAUAUGUUUUGUUUUGAAACUGUCAACUUUGUGUACAAUAAAUUCUUUUCUUCAGUU